AUGGACGGCACCUGGAUUGGAGGCAUCACCGAUAAGAUGGUCCGGACCCCCCUGGCGUAUGGGAUGGACUUCGAGGACGUCCGUUUUAAAGCCAUGGACGGGUGCACUUUGGCUGCGUGGUAUAUCCCAGCAAAGGACAAAAGCUCAAAGAAAUUGGCCAUCGUAGGGCAUCAAAGUUGGGCAUGUGCCAACAAGAGCGGCUGUGUCACGCACUUGCGUCACGGCUGGGCCACCGUGCUGGCCAUCGACUAUGUGAAACUGCACAAGGUCUUGUACGAUGCAGGAUACCACGUCCUGGCAUAUGAUCUUCGCAAUCACGGGGAUUCCGAGAAGCGAUUGCCUGCGGGAUUUGGGGAGAUUGAAUACAUGGAUGCCGUGGGUGUGAUCGACUGGGUGAACUCCCAUGCAGUUUUGAAGAACUGCAAGGUGGCAAUGCUCCCUUUCUGCGUUUCCGGCGUGUCCUUCUUCAAGGCCAACGCCCUCUACCCGGAGAAGUUCAAAAAUGUGUUUGCCUGGGUCACGACCAAUCUCUUUCACGGCCCUGGAACCUUCUGCAAUCGACCUUACCUGUUUGGCAUGGGCAACAAGAAGCUUUUGGACAAAGCUUUCGAGGAGAACCAAGCUUGGUAUGAGAAGCAAGGCAUGCUGAAGAGCAGUAAAGAUAUCAAGAUGAGCACCGAGAAGGUCUCCGCGAAGCCCUACGCGCCCAUGGUGAAACAACCGGUGCUGUGGUGCGACACGAUGCACGACAUCCUGGACUACCAUGAGAAACUCACGCCGGAAGUCUUCGCGGAAUUCGGCAAAGGCUUGCCCGAGGAUUUGAAGAAGAAGAAUGAGAUGUACUUCAUAGGACCCAGCCAGCCCAAACCAUUCACCACCCGCACAAGGAACAGGAGCGAAGGGUACAAUUUCUACCAGUCAGAGGAAGGUUCCAAAGUCAUGCUUGGCUUCCUGUUCUUCAUUUCUCCGAGUUCUGCAGCCAUGGACUCACCAGCCUUUGAGCCGAUGAAAGAGGGCACACAAGUGCUGGAUCAGGCUCGUGAAGUGGCAGUGGAGCAAGUGGUUUGCCCGAUUUGCUUUGAAGCUCUCAGCGAUUUGCCCAACCAGGUCGGUGCCCUGAGCUUUGAAGGUCAUCGCGUGGAAACGGCACUCUACCACCGGGAGUGCGUCCUCAACCCCUUGACCCGUCGCCUGAUCUUCGAGUCCAGCACCGGCCGGGCGGUCUCGCCUUUGACACGGCAGCAGGUGGAUAAUUUCAAGCUCAUGCCCAGCUUAACGGAGUCUGAAGCUUGGGUGGACUUUGUGGACUGGAAUUGCGAUGGCCAUUUGGACAUCCAAGAGGUGUGUUUUACAGUGGCCGCACUUCUCCCAGUGGAUGAAGCCUAUGCGCGGAAGUUUGUGCUGCGGGUCAUGAAUUUACCAGAAGAUUCCGAGGAAAAACACGAACUGGACAAACAGGAGGUCAUCCACACGCUUCUGCCGCAGAUCCGGCGCCAGCUGCGGCGCCUGGUGGCCACGCCCCGGCCACGGCCUCCGCAGAUCUGUCGCAACUCCAAACAGGAUGAGUUGGUGGCCUGGUUCCAAUUCUGGGACUCCAAGAAGCAAGGCUGCUUGGACACAGCCACCUUAACGCUGGCCGUGGUCAGCACCUUUCACACUGCCCUAGCGCGCUCCGCCGAUGCAGCGACCAAGGACGCCGUGGCUCACACCUUUCUGAUGGAGCUGGGCUUGAGGGAGACGGACACGGUCACAGAGUCGCAGUUUAUGGAGAAGAUGGCCCGCGGAGCGGGGGAUGGCUGGGGAAACUGUGCAUAA